GCUGCUGGAGGAGGAGGAGGAAGGAGGGGAUGGUGGUAGUGGGAGGAGGCUGACGGGCCAACGAGUUCUCUCCUCACUCAGCGGCAGCAGCAAGGAUGGAGGCAGAAGAAAAAGGACGUUUCUAAGCCUCGAAACUCAGUCGCACGGCGCCGAUCUGGAAAUUCUGAUGGGAAGAAAUCGAGCGGGAAUGACCCGGGCCGCCAAUUUGUUGCAGCCUUGAAUCCACCCGGAAGCCCCAUGGAGCAGGAUGUGGAGAGCCCAGCCAUCAGCAGAAAGUCCAAGUUGGGCAAUGCGGUCGGCAGAGACCUGCCCAAACAGCUGGCGGCCAUAGACCGGGCCCGGAAGGUCCAGCGGUACGUCCAGAAAGAUGGCAAGUGCAACGUCCACCACGGCAACGUGCGCGAGACGUACCGUUACCUGACGGAUAUCUUCACCACGCUGGUAGACCUCAAGUGGCGCUUUAACCUGUUCAUCUUCGUUCUGGUGUACACGGUCACCUGGCUCUUCUUCGGCUUCAUGUGGUGGCUCAUCGCGUACCUGCGAGGCGACCUGGACCACGUAGCCGACAACCUCUGGACUCCUUGCGUCAAUAAUCUCAACGGGUUCGUGUCAGCAUUCCUGUUCUCCAUCGAGACGGAGACUACUAUCGGUUACGGAUACCGGGUCAUCACGGACAAAUGCCCUGAGGGAAUCUUUCUGCUCUUGAUCCAAUCGGUGCUGGGAUCUAUCGUCAACGCUUUCAUGGUGGGCUGCAUGUUCGUCAAGAUCUCGCAACCCAAGAAGCGCGCCGAGACGCUGGUGUUUUCCACCAAUGCGGUCAUCUCCAUGAGAGACGGACGCCUGUGCCUGAUGUUCCGGGUCGGGGACCUGCGCAAUUCGCACAUCGUGGAGGCCUCUAUCCGGGCCAAGCUGAUCAAGUCCAAGCAGACCAAGGAGGGAGAGUUCAUCCCCCUGAAUCAGACGGACAUAAACGUGGGCUACAACACAGGCGACGAUAGGCUGUUCCUCGUGUCGCCACUCAUCAUCUGCCACGAGAUCAACCAGAACAGUCCCUUCUGGGAGAUCUCACCAGCAAACCUGGCCAAGGAGGAGCUGGAAAUUGUCGUAAUUCUGGAGGGGAUGGUCGAGGCCACAGGCAUGACGUGCCAAGCCCGGAGUUCGUACGUGAGCAGCGAGAUCAAGUGGGGCUACCGCUUCACCCCUGUGCUCACGCUCGAAGACGGCUUCUACGAGGUGGACUACAACAGCUUCCACGACAUCUACGAAACAAACACGCCCACCUGCAGCGCCCGCCAGCUGGCCGACAUGAGCGGUCGCGGCCGCCUGCCCCUCACCUGGUCCGUGGCCAGCAAGCUGAGCCAACAGGGACCGGCGCCUGAGGCCGGGCGCCAGGAGCUUGGGACUGAGCGCAACGGGGAUGUCGCCAACGCCGAGAGCGAGUCCAAAGUGUAGCUCUGGUAAGAAACAGAAAUGGAGACGGCGUGUUGCCGUCUCACUUGACUGCCAGAUCCGUCUUAUUUUUUCUAUUACGAUAUUCCUAUAGGGACCUUUAAUAUUGAGUAUUUUUGUACAUACUAUGAGACGUUUUGGACUUUUUUGGGGUUUGCCGUGUGAAUAUUUGCCAGAGGUUUGAUACUAAUGCACUGGUUUAGGUUAGGCCUGUACAUAAUCUAUGCCUUACUGUACCUUAGAAAGCUUUGAACUUGCUUUUUUUCCUCCCAGAAACAUUCACUUGUGGGUCACAACAUCAGGUACACCGACUAAUUGCGAUCAUUUGCGUCGGUGGAGCGAUGUGCCUAAUGAAGUGUUCCGUGUGUAUAUCGACGCAUGUACAAACAUGAAUUAAUCCUGUCUGGUGUGUUUUAUUUCCGCUAUGAAAAACCAAUGACAAGUUCUUCCUCGUAAGCCCCGCCCCUUCUCUCUCUCUCUCUGUCCCUCCCUCACACCACCAGCUGCUUGUGGAAAGUUCCACACACACCUGCGCCACACUUCCUGCGGAAAGCCAUGACCUUGAACUGCCCUUUAAAAAGAAAAAACGCUUUUUCAUACUUUUUGCACAUGGGAGAGAGAGAUAGUCGCUGUUGCAGUACAAACCCCGAACCCUUAACAAGCUCUUCAGAAAACCUCACAAUCCACCAAACAGUAUGAUAAGUAUAAUAAAUAAACUCUUCAUUGCAUAUUUGGGAAGUUGUGUUAUUGUGUUGGGGGGAAAAACGAAGACUCGCGUUAAGGUCAUUUUUCUGUCUUUAAAAAUAUUUACAGUGUUUUAUUUCAUUGGAAUACUGCAGUGUUUCACUCAUUGGCUAGCACUGACAGCGACUAAAGUCCAAUCUACUUAAACAGGGAGAACAGAGAGCAAGGGCGUACGUUUGCAUAGGAUAGGGACGGUAGGGACAAAACACUACCAACUUUUGAGGAUGCUCACAUUGUCCCCACCAACGUUUAAGCAACCUUAUUUGCAUUAUAUAAUGACUUUAGUUAUAUAGGUCACUUAGAUUGUCUUCCCAUAUGUUUUAAUUGUUGUAAAUGACCCCACCAUUAUUAAGUGAUUUAUUAUUAUGUGAAUUAUUUCAGACUUACAUGUACCUCUUUUCACUUGCUGAAUGUGCCGGUCCAUUUUUUCCCCUCCUAAACGCACAUUUGAUUGACUAAUGACUAAACCCCCGCCCCCCAUCCACACAGACAGAUAUUAGAUAUUAAGUACCGUAAUUUUCGGACUAUAAGCCGCUACUUUU